GUCAAUGGCCGUCCUCUUCGUUGUCCUCUUCACCACAUUCUUCCCGCGCUCUGCGCUCGCCGUGUUCUCCUCAGAAUUCUCCUUCUUCCUCGCAUGUGGCGCCUCCUCCAACCUCUCUUUCCCGUCGGACUCUCCCACGCGCACCUUCGUCCCGGACACCGCCUACCUUUCUCCCUCGCCCUCGCCCGCCCCUGCCGCGUACUCCUCGAACCCCACCCCGAACUCCCCUUUGUACGACGCCGCGCGUGUCGACGGCGGCUCUGCCUUCUCCUACCACUUCCCGUACCCCGCCUCGCAGUCACAGGACGCGUCGUCCUUCGUCGUGCUGCGUCUCCACUUCUUCCCGUUUGUCCCAGCCUCAUCCGACCCCGCCGCUAGUCUCUCCUCCUACUCGCGCUUCAACGUCUCGGUUCUCGACGACGACUACGCCCUCAUGUCUUUCUUCUCGCCGCCGGACGCCGGCGUCGUCAAAGAAUUUUUCGUUCCGCGGGGCAACUACAGCGACUUCACCAUCAAAUUCAUCCCGAACAACAGCUCCUCCGCCUUUGUCAAUGCCCUCGAGCUGUUCCAGGCGCCGGCAGAGCUGCUAUGGAACAACCCGGUGACGCCGGUGGGCUCCGUGGGGAGCAACGACCUAGCCAUAUGGCAGCAGCAGCCGCUGGAGACGGUGUACCGCCUCAACGUCGGCGGCCCAAAGGUGACCAAGGAAAACGGCACACUCUGGCGUACUUGGCUCCCCGAUGGGCCCUUUCUCCUCGGCGCCUCCGGGCAGACAAGGUUGACCUCCACCUCUAGCCCCAUCGUCUUCAAUCCGUCGGCCGGAUACAGCAACAACGUGGCACCGGACGUCGUGUACAAGACGCAGCGCGCGGCGAACGUCACGGACUUCCUGCUGGGUACCAACCCGGGGUUGAACUCCGAGAUCACGUGGACGGUCCCGGCGGUCACGUGGACGUUCCCGGCAGAGCCGAGAGCGAGCUACCUCGUCCGCCUCCACUUCUGCGACUACGAGGUGAUCAGCUCCGUUAUCGGAGUCGGCAUCGUAUUUAACGUUUACGUCGCGCAGGCCAUUGGCAGCCGGGACCUCUCGCCCAAUGACCAGGUGAGCGUGAGUCGGUCGAACACGGCAUUUUACUUCGACUACGCGUACACGGCGAGAGCGCCGAGCACGGGGAACCUCACCAUCAGCAUCGGUAGGUCGGAGAGAAGCAGUGAAGGCGGCAUACUGAACGGACUGGAGAUCAUGAAGCUGCCAGCCAUCGAUAUAAGCUCGCGGGGCGAGACAAAGAGAAUCAUGGUCAUCGCGCUCUCGACGGUGCUCAGCGCAGCAGUUCUUGCCUGCGCGGUGCUCUGCUUUUUCGUGGUGCGGCGGAGGAGACGGAGGCUGGCGGGCCAGUCGACGAACCGGUCCAGCGGUGGCACGACCAUCAGGAUGCAGAGGGUGAGCACGACGCUGCACAUCCCACUGGCACAGAUCAAGGCCGCCACAGACAACUUCCACAAGCGCAACCUCAUCGGCGCUGGCGGCUUCGGGAAUGUGUACAAGGGUGUGCUCCCCCAUAACGGCGGCACACCGGUGGCGGUGAAGCGCGCCAUGCGGGUAACGAAGCAGGGGCUGCCAGAGUUCCAGACGGAGAUCGAGGUGCUGUCGAGCAUCCGACACCGCCAACUGGUGUCGCUCGUCGGCUACUGCAACGACCAGGCGGAGAUGAUACUCGUGUACGAGUACAUGGAGAUGGGCACGCUGCGGAGUCACCUGUACGGCUCCGACGAGCCCGUUCUGUCGUGGAAGCAGCGGCUGGAGAUCUGUAUCGGCGCAGCGCAGGGCCUACACAACCUGCACAGCGGCUACUCGGAGAACAUCAUCCACCGGGACGUCAAGUCGACCAACAUCCUCCUGGGCGGCCGCGACGGCGGCGUGAUCGCCAAGGUGGCCGACUUCGGGCUGUCCCGGAUCGGGCCGUCGUUCGGGGAGACGCACGUGAGCACGGUCGUCAAGGGGAGCUUCGGGUACCUGGACCCGGAGUACUUCAAGACGCAGCAGCUCACGGACCGCUCUGACGUCUACUCCUUCGGCGUGGUGCUGCUCGAGGUGCUCUGCGCAAGGCCGGUGAUCGACCACGGCCUUGACCGGGACGAGAUCAACAUCGCCAACUGGGCGAUGAGGAUGCAUCGGGAAGGGCAGCUCGACAGGGUCGUCGACGCGAGGAUCGCCGCCGAGGUGAACGACAACUCGCUGCGCAAGUUCGUCGAGACCGCGGAGAAGUGCCUCGCGGACUGCGGCAAGGAUCGGCCGACCAUGGGCGAAGUUGUGUGGAACCUCGAGUUCUGCCUGCAGCUGCAGGAUACGCACCUCAACACGGACGCGUUCGAGGACAGCGGCGCCGUCGCCACGCAUAUCCCCGCCGAUGUUGUUGCUCCGAGGUGGAUGCCGCCGUCGAUGAGCUUGUCGAUGGACCAGGCGCAGGCGGACGAGACGGUCAUGAGCAUCACAGACGUCCCCGGCAGCCAGGUGUUCUCCCAGUUCGACGCUCGUGGCGACGGACGAUGAGUUCGUACGGCUAUCGUUCAAAUUUAUACCAGUGUACUACUUCCUUCUGCAUGCGUUCUCUGAAUCAUCUGAACGACACAUACAUGUCGUCGGGUUGGACCGGUGCUCCAUGGUUGCACCAAUUGUUGAGCACCCACUAGGUUGAACAUGACCUGGGAACCCAGGCAUCUCAAUGUCU